GCCUUCUGGAAUAAAUUGCGGCUGCGCGAGCUCUGUCGGUCUUCUCCUCCCAGGUCAACCGUUACAGCAGCUACCUACCCGGCUCCCCACCGCCAACUCUAUACUCAAGAAUCAUGUCUGAGGAACGCACUUUCAUUGCCGUCAAGCCCGACGGUGUGCAGAGGGGCAUCAUCGGAGAGGUCAUCAAGAGGUUUGAGGCUAAAGGCUUCAAACUUGUGGCCAUGAAGAUGAAGCAUGCCUCUAAGGACCUCCUGAACGAGCACUACAUCGACCUGAAGGAGAAGCCAUUCUUCCCCACCCUCAUCAAGUACAUGAGCUCCGGCCCAGUGGUUGCCAUGGUGUGGGAGGGCAAGGGUGCAGUGAAGACCGGCAGGGUGAUGCUGGGUGAGACCAACCCCGCUGACUCUUUGCCCGGAACCAUCAGAGGAGACUUGUGCAUUGAUAUCGGAAUGAACAUCAUCCACGGCAGCGACUCGGUGGAGAGCGCCAACAAGGAGAUCGCCCUGUGGUUCCAGGACGACGAGCUGGCCAGCUACACGAGCUGCGCCUUCGACUGGCUCUACUGAGCCGGGUCCACUGAGACCAGGUCCACUGAGACAAGGUCCACUGAGACCAGGUCCUGCAGCGGCCCUCACAUGCCGGCUGGAGACCGUCAACCGUUGCUUCAGAUUUCCUGUCAUGGCCUAGAGGGGAGAACUCGGUCCUCCGCCCCUGGACAUCGUGAUGUCAUCGUGCUGAUGUCCAGUCUGAAGUCAUUCCUCAGCUCUGUUCCCUUUUUUUAUUUUUUAGAAACAUUCCAUUCAAUCCUUGAAGUGUCCAGUUGGUGGCUGUCGUUUUUUGUUAACGGGUGAUCUGCUUUCUAAUAAAAUGAACACGGUACAAA